GAAUAAUAAUUUGAAGAUAGGUACCGUGGAGGUGUGUUUUUGCUUCUUCACACCGCCCACUCCGGAAAAGUCAGCCAUCGUUAGCUAUUUUUAUGUUUUAAGGUGACGUGGAGUCGGUCCCCUUCUUCAUCCCGAUUCAUGUGUCUUUACAAUUAUUAUACAUAUCUGGAUUUCUAUAUAAUCGAAGUACCAAAAUUGAAACUAACUGGAAUAUUAAAAAUGUUUAUCAAUAUUUAGAUUCAAUCCCAGCAGGACAUCGCUGAGGAGGCGAGUAUUAUUGGGCCUGGAAUCUGAGGAAUCCAGCGGGCAGACAGGUUUGGUACGAUCUGUUUUAGAGCUAACGAGAUGCACGGUACGAUAGCUAGUUGCUCGAUGUAGCUAGAGGGCUUUAGAUGAAAGCAAGUAAUUGUGCAUGUUUAUUCAACUAUAAUAACGUAGCCAGUAGACUCUUUGCAGAGUUUACUCCUGCAAUCGAUGUGCUGUUGUUUCACAGGUAGCCAGGGACAGGCGCUAUGUAGGUGAUGGCUGUUGUUGAUAUAGUAAAGUAGUGUUAUAUUAACAUAUGAUGCAAUGGUUUGCUAUCACUGAAUAUGCUUAUAGGCUUUUUGACACUUGACCUGUCCAAUUUAUUGGAAUCUAUUCAUUUUCAACAGGGCCCAUGAUGGCUGAAUUUGAACAUCCUACCCAACAAGGAGUCUGCCAGAUGAUAGGUUAUUGCAUCUUGGUCCUGUGUCUCGUGCCACAGAUAACAUGGGCUAAAGUGAGCUACAAGCAAGGGGAUCCUGUAACCUUGUACGUCAACAAAGUUGGUCCUUACCAUAACCCUCAGGAAACGUAUCAUUACUACACGUUGCCUGUUUGCAGGCCUAAAGAGGUCAGUGAAUACAUGUGAAUAUCACAGGAGGUUGGUGGGACCUUAAUUGGGGAGAAUGGGCUCGUGGCAAUGGCUGGAGCGGAAUAGGUUGAAUGGUAUCAAGUACAUCAAACAUAUUUUCCAUGUGUUUGAUGCCAUUCCAUUUGUCCUGUUCCAGCCAUUAUGAGCCCUUCUCCCCUCGGCAGACUCCACUGGUGAAUAUGCAAAUAUAUGACUAAUGAUUUAUCCUUGUAGGGCUCUUCAGAUGCAUGUUAGUAGUGUGUAUAAUAACUCUAUUAAGACUUGGCAUAACAUGUCUGAGAACCUUUUUUCCCCAGGUGCACCACAAGUCCCUUAGUCUAGGAGAAGUGCUUGAUGGGGAUCGGAUGGCAGAGUCCCUGUAUGAAAUCAAAUUCAGAGAGAAUACAGAGAAGAAGUCACUCUGCCAGCUAACCCUCACAGAGAAAGAGGUAUUUGCAUUCUGACAAAAUACGCACAACUUCACAGUACACUUAUUUUUCUUUAAACUGCAUUGUUGGUUAAGGGCUUGUAAGUACGCAUUUCACUGUAAGGUCUACACCUGUUGUAUUCGGCGCAUGUGACAAAUAACAUUUGAUUUGAUUACAUUGCAUCAUGGAAAGGUGUAACUAAUUCCUAGUUGGUGAUGUUUUUCCUUUAUUGCUCCUUUCUUGUAGGUGGACCAACUCCGAGAGGCCAUAGAGGAGCUGUAUUACUUUGAGUUUGUCCUGGAUGACAUUCCCAUCUGGGGCUUUGUGGGGUACAUGGAGGAGAGUGGCUUCCUGCCUCAUAGUCAUAAGGUGGGUUAGUCUGACUUCCUUCAGUUCUCUCUCCCUCAUGGCAAAACCCAAAUACAUGUCUACCUGCAUUGACUUUGCGUGUCUCUCUGUGUGUGUGUGUAUGUAUGUAUGUAUGUAUGUAUGUAUGUAUGUAUGUAUGUAUGUAUGGAUAUGUGUGUGUAUAGGUGGGGCUGUGGACACACCUGGACUUCAACAUCGAGUACAACGGCAACUCUGUGAUCUUUGCCAACGUCUCGGUGAAGGACUCCAAGCCAGUGCCCCUGGAGGAGGGUGGCGGUGGCGCCGGGCAUGGGGCGGUGGGGACGGGCGGCGGGCUGGCACUGUCCUUCACCUACAGUGUGCACUGGUUCGAGAGUCCUCUGACCCAUGCCCGGCGGGCUGAGAGGCUGAGGGACUACUCGUUCUUCCCCAAGACCCUGGAGAUCCACUGGCUGUCUAUCAUCAACUCCCUGGUGCUGGUAGUACUGCUGCUGGGCUUCGUCAUCAUCAUCCUCAUGAGGGUCCUCAAGAAUGACUUUGCCAGGUGACCAAUGAGGGGACGGAGUGAGGAGGUUUAGACAUUGUAAUGAUGUUCUGCUUUACGGGAGAGCUCACAUUGAAAUUGGCAUGCGAGAGUUUGGGUAUAAUUAGAGUAGGUCUAUUUGUGGCUAUAUAUCAUGUUUUAUUUGGAUUAUUUGUGGAAAUGGUAGCUAAAUUGUGUGGAAUGACAUUCCCAUAUCUCAAAAUCUUUCUCUCUUCUGGUUGUUCCUGUAGGUACAAUGUUGAGGAGGAGGGCGGCUGUGAUGAUCUGGACCAAGGGGAUAAUGGCUGGAAGAUAAUCCACACAGAUGUCUUUAGGUUCCCCCCUUAUAAAAGCCUGCUGUGUGCCGUGUUGGGAGUGGGGGCUCAGUUUCUAACCCUGGCCACAGGUAACCAUCAACAUACUGGUUUAACACUCAGAACACAUUAAUUAAAUCUUACAAUUACUGCCGCUCAAAAUACAGAAUCGCAAUCCAGGAAAAUCUACGAGCAGAUUAGGGUUGAAUUUGACCAUUUGUGAAUGGUUGUGUGACAUUUGACACCUAGUUCUAGCGUUCAUUAAAUGCAUCGCAUUCCUUUCCCAUUGUUACUCCCCAUUGGAGGAGGAUUGAAUGUCUGUGUGACAAGAACUAGAAAUCUGAUCAGCGUGCACACACACAUAACUUGGGUGUGAAUGUACAUGUACCAUGCCUGUGACAAAGUAGUGUGGAGAAAUUGAGAAAUGUGGUUAUCACUACAGGCUCCUUCCCCCAAGCUCUCCCAUUUGACCUCUGUGUCUCUGGUUUCUGUAGGGAUCAUCGUCAUGGCGCUGCUGGGAAUGUUUAAUGUGCAUCGCCAUGGUGCCAUCAACUCGGCUGCCAUCAUGCUGUACGCGUUGACGAGCUGCGUGUCAGGAUACUGUUCCUGUAGCUUCUACACACAGAUACAUGGCCAGCGCUGGGUCUGGAAUAUCAUCCUCACCUCCUCACUCUUCUCAGGUGAGUGGACAGAUUUGGUCUUUCAUGUGAUACAUAUCGUAAAUAUUCCAUAUAUAUUGUCAAUGUCAUUUGUUUUUGUUAAGUCUGGUUGAGUUUCAAUUACAAUAAAACUCUGUGAACAUCUAAAAUGUACACAGUCUGUGUAUUCAUUUUUCUGCAGGAUGUGUCUCGAACUGUUGAGUUUCAAUUACCAUAAAGCUUCUGUCUCUUCUCUCCGUCUCUGCUUGAACCUGACUUUCACCUCUCUUUCUCCCUUCCUUCCCUCUCUCCACCCAUCUCUCCCUGCUACCCACCAUUUCUUCCUACUUCCUUGAUUCCCUCCCUCCCACCUAUCCCUCCUCCCUCCCUCCCUCCAACCAUCCUCCCUCGAUCACACAGCUCCCCUGUUCCUGACUUGGAGUGUGGUGAACUCAGUCCACUGGUGGAGCGGCUCCACCCAGGCCCUGCCUGCCUCCACAGUGCUGCUGCUGCUGGGGGCCUGGGUCCUGGUGGGCUUCCCCCUCACCGUCAUCGGGGGCAUUGUGGGCAAGAACCGGGCAGGCAACUUCCAGGCCCCCUGUCGCACACGCAACAUCGCCCGCCAGAUCCCCACACAGCCCUGGUACAAGCACACGGCUGUGCACAUGGCCAUUGGGGGCUUCCUGCCUUUCAGGUGUGUGUGAGUGUGUAACAAUAUCAAUAUAACAGAGAGCUUCUCUCUGUGUUUGGUAAUGGAGUCCCGUUGCUGAGUCAUGAGUCAGUGCUUUUCCCAUCUCAGUUAAACAGCUGUUGCUCUAGAGUCUAUAAUCGCCCUUCUGUGGCAAUGACAUUGUGUAUAAAACCAAUCGAUCACAUUUUAUUUGUGGUCGUGCCUUUUAGUAGCUCAGUCAUUUGUCACAGAACAAAAACCAGAAACAGAGUGCAUCUAUAACGUUAGUGUGUAUGUCCUACUCCUGUCUUAUUUUAUGAUUCUAAUUUCUCUCCCUCCAUGUCAGGGCAAAUUUAAGCAGCUAGCUCAAAGUAAUCUGUCACAGAACGUUGACCAACACCCAGACAUUUACACUUUUCAUACUUUUUCAUACAUAAAGUGUGUGUAUAUUGUGUCUAGCCUACUCAUUGCCCUAACCUCUCUCCCUCCUUCAGUGCCAUCUCAGUGGAGCUGUACUACAUCUUUGCCACCGUGUGGGGCCGCGAGCAUUACACCCUGUACGGCAUCCUCCUCUGCGUGUUCGCCAUCCUCCUCUCGGUGGGUGCCUGCAUCUCGGUGGCGCUCACCUACUUCCUGCUGUCGGGCGAGGACUACCGCUGGUGGUGGCGCAGCGUGCUGAGCACAGGUUCCACAGGCCUCUUCAUCUUCGUCUACUCUGUGUUUUACUACCGUAAUCGUUCGAGUAUGAGCGGCCUGGUGCAGAGCGCAGAGUUCUUUGGUUACUCUCUCCUCACAGCGCUGGUCUUUUCACUCAUGCUGGGGACUGUCUCCUUCUGGGCCUCACUGGUCUUCAUUCGCUACAUCUACCGCAGCCUCAAGAUGGACUAAGGGAAUGUGCAGCCGUUUACAUAACGGCCCAGUUUGAAUGUCUUAGUGUGUCCUUUCAUUUAGUCGAUUUGAUUGGUGGAAUAAUGUAUUUGCCUAGCCAAUCACAUACAGGUCAGUGGUUGCCUCAAGGAAGUGAGGAUUUUCAAAUUGGAACGGGUCCGUGUACAUGCCUCCUGUGGGGAAAAAGAGGCGGACCCAGGGGUCUUCUAGAAAUAUGGAUGAAAGACUGCCAGGAGGUUGAAUAAGGGAUUGAUGGAUUUAAUGUCACUAUCUAAAAGGGGCUCUUUAAAGGGAUGAAUGUGUCCUGUGAGUGUGUGAAGUUGUAUUGUGCAAUAAUGCGUGAAUGUGUGUGUGUGUGCGCCAAUGUGACGCAGGCGUGCAGUUUCGGUGUAAAUAUACAAUAUUUUCAAUAAAGACAUCUUUAUUACAACAUA